CCUCUCAUUAAUAUUUUCAUCAAAUACGGACUUUUGCAUUUUCAUUUCUUCUCCUCAACAACAAAUACUUAUACACACACAAAAAAAAAACACAACAAAGUGAAAUAAAUUAUAACUCAUUAUCAUCAAUAUGGGUAGAGCUCCUUGUUGUGACAAAAAUGGACUUAAAAAAGGUCCAUGGACACCUGAAGAAGAUCAAAAACUCAUUGAUUACAUUCAAAAACAUGGAUAUGGUAAUUGGAGGACUCUUCCAAAGAAUGCUGGGCUUCAAAGAUGUGGAAAAAGUUGUAGGCUUCGUUGGACUAAUUAUCUAAGGCCAGAUAUUAAAAGAGGAAGAUUUUCUUUUGAAGAGGAGGAGACUAUCAUUCAACUCCACAGUAUUUUAGGCAACAAGUGGUCUGCUAUUGCUGCACGUUUACCUGGUAGAACUGAUAAUGAAAUUAAGAACUAUUGGAAUACGCAUAUCAGGAAAAGGCUUUUGAGGAUGGGGAUUGAUCCAGUGACACACAGUCCACGUCUUGAUCUUCUUGAUCUUUCUUCCAUUUUAAACCAUUCAAUUUACAAUAAUUCAUCUCAUCAUCAAAUGAAUCUUUCAAGAUUGUUAGGCCAUGUGCAUCCUUUGGUUAAUCCUGAACUCUUGAGAUUAGCUACUUCUCUUUUAUCAUCCCAACGCCAAAACACAAACAACUUUUUAAUCCCAAAUAAUCUUCAAGAAAAUCAAAUAAUUUGCCAAAACCAAUUGCCACAAAUGGUCCAAAAUAACCAAAUUCAAGAUUUUUCAACUAUAAGUACAGCCCCAUGUGUUCCAUUUUCUAGUCAUGAAGCUCAACUCAUGCAGCCACCUAUUGCAACAAAAAUAGAGGAUUUCUCAUCAGAUCUUGAAAACUUUGGUAACUCACAAAAUAAUUGUCAAGUUAUUAAUGAUGAUGAGUGGCAAUUAAGCAAUGGCGUGACGGAUGAUUAUUUUCCUUUACAAAAUUAUGGGUACUAUGAUCCUCUAACGUCCGAUGAAAACAACAACAAUUUUAGUCUCCAGUCAGUCGUUUUGUCGAAUUUAUCGACACCUUCAUCAAGUCCUACGCCAUUGAAUUCAAAUUCAACUUACUUCAACAAUAGCAGCAGCACAACUACUGAAGAUGAAAGAGAUAGCUACUGCAGCAACAUGUUGAACUUUGAUAAUAUUCCAAAUAUUUGGGAUUCUACUAAUGAAUUUAUGUAAUUUAUGUAAUUUUUACGCUUUUUUUUUUAAAGGAACAAACACACAGUUCGAAAGAGGUGUUUUAUUUAUUUUUUACCUCUGAGCUUUUGGACAUGUUGUUGUUUCCUGAAAAACAAAAAAAAAAAAGGUUACUUCUUUUAGUUUAGUGCAUAAUUUUUAUUUUGUUGACCUUA